GCAGAGUAGUUGGUUUAAAAAGUGCUAAGACUGCUACUGUGGAAUUAGUCUUUACUAAAUUGCAUCCUAAGUAUCACAAACCAAUUAGACAAAAAAAAAAUUUCCCAGUUCACAAUGAGAGUUUUGAUUUGAAAAUAGAUGAUAAAGUAGAAAUCAAAAAUAGUGGCCAAAAGUACUCUAAAACUAAAAGAGGAUUUAAUCAUCGCUAUAGUCGAAUUGGUGAUUUAGUAAUAGCUACCAUGAAAAAAGCCAAGCCUAAUUCUGAUAUUAAAAAAGAAAGUAAGGAACCAAUCGGUACAAGAAUUUUUGUUCCUUUAUUAACUGAGUUUGAUGAGUGA